AUGAAUUUGACAACAUUAGAUAUCUCCAUCAAUUCCUUCAAUGGCCAAAUUCCUAUAGAAGUUGGGGUAUAUUUGCCAAGGCUAGCAUCUCUAAACAUUUCCAAAAAUUCUUUGAAUGGUAGCAUUCCCUCUUCUUUUGGAGAUAUGAGCUCAUUGCAAAUUUUGGAUCUGUCAAACAAUCAGUUAUCUGGUGAAAUACCUGAGCACUUAGUCGUAGGUUGCGUUUCACUAAAAUUGCUUGUGUUAUCAAACAACAGUUUGGAAGGUCCUAUAUUCUCCAAAAAAUUUAACUUGACAAACUUGAUGAGGUUACAGUUGGAUGAUAAUAACUUCAUUGGAAAUAUCCCAGAAAUCUUGUCUACUUCCUCUUUAUUGGGAGGAUUAUAUUUGAGUGACAAUCAUCUCAAUGGUAGUAUCCCCAGAUGGCUAGGGAAUCUAUCAGCAUUACAAGAUAUUAUAAUGCCAAAUAAUCAUCUGGAAGGUCCAAUUCCAAAUGAGAUUUGUCAAAUUAGAUAUCUUGAAAUUUUGGACCUUUCAAAUAAUAGUAUCUCUGGGAGUAUACCAUCUUGUUCAAGUUUUAUAUCUAUCAAGGAAGUUCACUUGUCCACAAAUAUGUUACAAGGACCACUUGACGAUUUUCCUUUUUAUGGCUCUACUCUAGUUUCAUUAGACCUUGGCUUUAAUCACUUGUACGGUAAUAUUCCGCACUGGAUCAAUACUUUAUCUUCCUUAAACUACCUUAUCUUAAAGAAUAAUAGUUUUGAAGGUGAAGUGCCAACUCAAUUGUGUGAGCUAAAUCAGCUACGCCUGAUAGAUCUUUCCAACAACCAUUUUAUUGGUCAAAUUCCUUUUUGCUUUAAAUUCACUGCAUUUGAUGGAGAAGAUGGUGAUCAUGCUAUUACAGAUUCGUCAAUUAUAACUCCUAAAGUUGGGCCGCCGAUGGGAAAAGAUGAAACUGUAGAAUUCACAAAUCCUACUUCUACCAAGGAAGAAUUCUUACCUACAUGUCUGGAAUUGAUCUUUCUUGUAAUAAGCAUUCCUUAUCAAAUUGGAAACCUUACUGGGAUUCAUGCACUGAAUUUAUCUCACAACAAUUUGACGGGAUCAAUUCCAAUGACAUUUUCACACCUUCAAAAUAUUGAAAGCUUAGACCUUUCCUACAACAACUUGAAUGGGAAAAUUCCUCCCCAAUUGGUAGGAAUAUAUACUUUGUCCUUCUUUAGUGUGGCACACAAUAACUUAUCUGGCAAGACUCCUAAGAUGAUUAAUCAAUUUGGAACUUUUGGAGAAAGUAGUUAUGAGGGGAAUCCUCAUCUUUGUGGACCACCACUUCCUAAAUGUGAUGCAAAUGGUUCAUCACCACCAAUGCCAACACCUUCAACUGAAAAUAAUGAAGAUAACAAUUCCAUUGACGUGGAAAUCUUCUAUAUCAGUUUUACUGUUUCCUACAUAAUUGUGCUCUUAGGAAUUGCUACAAUUUUGUACAUAAAUCCUUGUUGGCGACGUGCAUGGUUUUAUCAUGUCAAGACGUGGACAACCUCAAGCUACUAUUUUGUUGUAGACCAUCUCCCCAAGCCAUUAUGUCUUCAAAGUAUGUAG